AUGUCCCCUGUCUUGUUUAUGACUGGAAAGGCGGCCCGUGCCUGUCAGUUCCUGAGCCCGGUUUCGCUGAUAAUUUUCAACUCUCAAGAGUCAAAGAACAGCUCGCAGCACAACCGGAACGCAAAAGCCCACCGAAACGGGAUCAAAAAGCCAAAGACUCACAGAUACCCCUCCCUCAAGGGCACAGAUCCUAAGUUCCGAAGGAACCACAGACAUGCUCUUCACGGCACUAUGAAGGCGCUGAAGGAGGUUAAAGAGGGAAAGAGAGAAUCUGCAUAA